GGUAUCGGACUCGCGCGAGGCUGAUGCUUUGUGAUUGUUUCUGUGGUGUCUGGCUCGCUGUAGUUUUUCCACUCAAAGAAGGCCAGUAUGGCUUUUUUUGGCCCAGCCUCCAUACUUGACCUUUCAGAUGACGUCCUUCUACUUAUAUUCUCGUACCUCAAGUCUCGGGAUCUUCUCACUCUCUCACAAACAUGUGAACGAUUCAACAAAGUGGCAGGUGACAAGUCAUUGUGGAUUGAUGUAAACUUCAGUGAAGGGUGCUUAUCUUUGCAGCAGUUAAAGCGUUGCCAUGUGUUUUUGCGUGCAACUACUCGUCGUUUAAUUCUGCGAGGACACAAGAAGAAAUAUGCAGGGACCCCCAAGUGGAAAACUCCUCUCAUAAGUGCAGGUCUUUUAAAGCUUAUUGGAGAGAAAUGCCCAAACCUUCAGGAAUUAACAUUAAGUGAAGCUUAUAUUGAUGCCAACAAACUCAAAAUGGCAGAUUUUUUGCCUGUUCAGUCUCUCAGUAAAUUUAGUCUUGUUGACUGUGAGUUUGUGAAUCUACCUUCACCCUUAAGAGAUGGGUCAUAUUUUAAGAGAACACAAAAAAUUCUUCCUAGAUUAGAGUGCUUGAAAAUUAUCAAGUGUACUUGGGUGGAUGAUUACGAUGUCAUGGUGCUUAGUAAAGUUGAUUCUUUAAAAAAAUUGGUAUUAAGAAAUUUACCAAAGGUAGGCAGAGCAAUGGCGUACCUUGCACUUGGUUUUCGGUUCGGUUUUCAGAAUUUAGAGGAAUUGGACUUGAGAGGAACUAGCUUAGAAGACAAUGAAGUGAUAUCAGUAGUGAGAAAUGGGAAACUGAGAGCCCUAUACUUAGGUCCAAUGGGACCAGUUAAACGUUUGCCAGAGGAACCACCAGGAGGGCACAACCUAAUUAUGCCAGAUCCUCGGUGGCAAGAAGAAAGGCAGCAAGUUGUGGUUAUCAAUGUUGGACCAAAUGGACCUCAGUGGCGACAGGUAAAUGAUGAGGAACUGGAUGGAAUGGGUCUCCAGUGGGUAAGGAAUGCUCCUGUUGUCCAACAGCACCGUGCAGAAGAGGAAGAUGAAGACAGGCACUAUUUUAUUGGUAAAGAUGGAAGGCCAGUUGAAGCAGAGGAAAACAGUGAUGAUGACGAUGAUGAUGAAGAGGAGGAUGAUGAUGAUGAUUGCGAUGAUGAUGAAGAUAAUGGUGCAGUGCAAGGAUAUGAGAAGAGAGAGCAUAAAUCUUGUACAGGUGAAGCACAAGGGAAAGCACGGGACAGUUCAAGCCGGGCAAUUUCAGAUGAAAGAGAAGGAAAGAAAGAUAAUUCAUGUAAAAACAAUCAGAAUAAGGAGGAUAAUGAUGAUACAGGAGAAAACAGAGAAGAGCCAGCAGGAGACCACGAGGAUGAUUUGCAUUGUGAAGCUUGUCAGGUUCCAGAUGAAGGCUUAUCUGAUAAGCUAGUUCGUGCAUUUGGCUCAACAACUAAACAUCUGCACACUUUAGUAGUGUCUGGCUGUGCUAUCUCUGACUAUGGCUUACAAGAGAUAAUUCGACUGGCUCCAUCAUUGCGGCUGCUUGAUGUAACCAACACAAAAGUAACAAGUGGUGCUGUCCAAGAGGCAAAGGUUGCUCGACCAGAUUGUGUAAUAUUGGGUGGCGGGCCACGAGUAAUGCGACAGCAAAAUAACAGAUGAUGUUGACUCUGUCAUAAAGUAUGAGAAUAUUCUGUUGACUAGGUAGUCUGUAAUAUGGAAAUUAAUAUUGCCUUUCAUCCAGGUAUUUAAGCCUAGUGUGUGAUCAGCAUAUAUAUAAAAGUAUGGGACAAUAACAUACUAGUAAUAUAUGGUGCAGUUGCUGGAUACACCAAUACCUCAGGUAUUCAAAACACAGUGAGGAUGUUUACUAUCUGGAAUUUAUAUUUGGUAUCAAUAUUUGUUAUUUAUCUGUAUGCUUUAGUAUAUACAUACUGUAUGUGUGUUCAUUUAUGACUGAAUAUCAAUGUAUAUUUUUUUUUAGAUAAUGCAAAUAUUUGCUAAAAGGGAUCUGAAGAUUUUGAAAUGUAUUGUAUUGAGCAUACUGUACUCUGUAUAUUUUUUUGUAGCGAAGAUUAAAUCUUUGCCUAUUUUAAUGAUUAAUAUUACUUUUGGAGAUGUUAAAUGGUAUGAGUUACUUUACAAAAUAUUCUGAAAGCUAUGCAUUUUAAUACAACAGUUUUAAUUGGGCACCAAAUUUUAAAUACAGUGGAGUUGUACAGUAGCUACUAGUUUGUUUAUGUAAUUUGUAAUAUAUUUGUUUUAGUUAGUGGCAUUAAUAUGCUUCUUAAUGCUCUAGUAGCUAUAUUAUGCAGAUCAAAGAUAUUACUUAUACAGUACUGAAUAGGCUAGAAUAGCAGUCUUUAUAAUUGGCUACGAUUAGUUAUUUCAUAAAAAAUCCAAAAUGUUUCAACACAUUUUCAAUUGCUGCUGUGGUGAUAUAGUAGAAUCUUCGCAUUGCUUCAUAUUGCUUAAAGGCAGGUUUAAGUUCACUUAUCCAUGCCAAUUUUUUGUAUUACUAUAUGUUUCUACUUAAAUAGUUUUAUCUAUUCUCCUUUCCUUCUUUGUAAAAGAUAAUUUAGAGGAAUAAAUAAAAUAAAUAUUAAAGUCAAGCUACAUAGAGAAUAGCAAAGUAUCAUUAAAUUCAGAUAUAUAUACACAUAUUGGACAUAUGUGUCCACAUGCUAAUAUUUGCACACACAAAUUACACUGCAAGAUAUGAGACUGCACAAUAAAAUACCAGAUUUGAGGUUCAUUGCUUUAGUUGACAGUUGUAAGGUGGGACCUAGGAGCCGAGCUCAAUCCCUGCCAAUUCUUCUUGUUAAAAAAAAAUACUCUACACGAAUUAACACAACAUUUAGAGAGAAAUCCCAAUACAGUACAGUAAUUCGUCUCAUCACACGUGUAUGUGCACAAUAUCCUGCAACACCUUUACUAUGACCAAUGUUUUUGCAGUACAUUUUGACUUGCCUCGUGAUCUUUUGAGAAUCCUAGAGAAAUUCAAGUUGUACCAGGAAGCAGUGCUCAUAAGUGUUGGCAUUUUACCUUAUAAUGUGCAGUAGUGCUGAGUUAUCCUACACACUUGCAGAUAUGAGGUACAUAUACAGUACUGUAUUGUGUAUCGAGGUAAAAUUAUGCCGUAUUUUUCUAAAAAUAAUUAAUGCAACAAAAUGUUUGUUUCUUUUCUGUACAGUUUAUAGACACACUGGGAGAAUUAAAUUUAUUGUACUAAAAAUAAAAAAUACAUUUCAAAAGUACAAUACUGUAGAUGAAUUAGUUUCCUUAUUCAUUAGCAUGGUUUUUGGGAUGUGCAAUGUAUUAGCGACACGAAGGAUAGUACACAACACCGAACAAGAGGACUAAGAAAAAACUUGUUCAAGCUAAAGAAACAAAGGUGCCGAAAAAUUAUUAGAAAGUUUUCUUUUGGAAACAGUGGUAGACGGUUGGAACACGUUAAGUGUGCUGGUGGUGGAGGCCAAAACUGUCAGUAGUUUCAAAGCGUUAUACGACAAAGAGUACCGAGACGGUGGGACACUGCGAGUGUAGCUCUCAUCCUGCAACUACACUUGUGUAAUUACAAUGAAAUCGCAUUAACGUGAUGUAUCGAUAAAAAAGUAAGUUUCAAUUGGUACUUCCAAGCUGUAUCAACUAGGCUGGGAGUACCAAGUGUGCGGGUUCAAUUCCUCCUCAUGGUACCUGCUGAUUUUCUCAUGAAGGACAGUACAGUACUAUACUCUAUGACCAUUUUCUUCAUGAUGCAGCUUGUUAGUCUGUGCUCUCAGUAUUACUGAAUUAAUGAUACAAGUACUUUACAGUAUCUGUGACCAUUUUUAUAAAUUGGAGCAUUGAAAACUGAAAGCUAAUAAAACCACAAAAAAUGUCGAAAUAU